UUUUCGUGUCGUGUGGAUACAAAAUAUUCAUCUUGUCGCGUAAUAAUUAUAAACAAAGACAUCACUAAAUUUGAUAAGGACCUGAAAUUAACAGAUAAUUCUCUUGAUAAACGUUUAUUUUGUGUCAAUCGACACUAAAUUUUUUCAAUUUUACGAAUUUUCUUGUAAAAAAAUUACAUUUGAACCGGCUUUUUGUGAAUUUUCAUUGAAAAAAUAAAAAUUUUUUAAUAAAUUUAGAAAAAUCUGUAAAAUUGAUUGAAAAUGUUACGAGCUUACAAAACAUUCUUGAAUAAAUAUCCCGUGGCGACACAAGCAAUUCAAUCAGGCACGUUGAUGGGUGUCGGUGACUUGAUUUCUCAAACAAUUGUGGAAAAACAGAAGUUGGACAACUUGGAUUACGUUCGAACACUUCGAUUUUUCAGCAUUGGCUUCUUUGUGGGGGGUCCCGGUCUCCGAAAAUGGUACGGAAUCCUAGAAAAGCACGUAAAAGGUCCCAAUCGGCAUGUAAACACCCUCAAAAAAGUCACAUUAGAUCAACUUGUCUUCGCGCCGGCAUUCCUUGGCUUCUUUAUCAGCUCGAUCGGCGUGCUUCAAGGUCAGUCUCCGCAGGAAAUCAAAACGAAACUCGACAACGAAUACCUUGAGAUACUCAAGAAGAAUUACUACGUAUGGCCUUGGGUGCAACUAACAAAUUUCUACUUUGUCCCGUUGAAUUAUCAAGUGUUGGUGGUGCAAUUUGUGGCGAUUUUCUGGAAUACCUAUUUGAGCUUCAAAACAAAUGCGGGACCCGUUCAAGCGGAAAUUCAGGAAGUUGCGUGAAGCGGUGCCGGAUGCAAAUUACACGACUGUGAUCAUGAAAAAAUGCUGGAAACGUGGCAGGCGAGCAGUAACUGUGACAAAAAACAGGUUAAAAGAGAUUUGUAAAAAAAAAAAUAAAUUUGAAUAGAGAUUUUGGUUCAAGAAU